AGAAUAAAUGCUGAACACUUAUAUGGAAGAAUUCAGGAGGAACUAACAAAAAGAGAAGAGCAGUAUAAGAAAGAAGUUGAAAUGAAACAAGAACUUGAAUUUAAUCUUAGAGCACUAGAUGUGGAAUUGAGGACUCUAAGAAAUAAUGUCAAUCAGUUUUCUGUGAGACAACUUCAAGAAGAACUGGCCAAUACCCUAAAAACACUGUCUAUGUCAGAGGCUUCACUGGAGGUGAAAUCACGUUGUUGUACGAAUUUAGAAGAUGAGGUAAAAGACUUAAAGGAAAAACUGGCUCAGAGUAAGAAUCAGGUGGAUGAUCUGACAGCAAAACUGGAAACUGUGUCUUCAAGAAACCAGGUUCUUAUUCAGGAAUUAUCAUCUAUGAAAGAAAUACAAAUGAAAUGUGAAGAGCUAGAAAAGGAUAAAAAGAAGUUGGAACAACAAGUAGUAAAGCUCAGAAGUUGUGUAGAAGUCAACAUGUUAAAAUAUAGUGAAAUGGAACAAUAUAAACGGGAUUUUGAAGAAACUACAAGAUUGAACGUAGCAGAAAAAUUAAAAGAAGUUGAUCUAUUUUUAGAGAUGCAAGUAGCAUUUCAAGAAAGCUUAGCACAGGCAAGAGAAAAAAAAUAUGCUUCAGGAAGAAGUCAAAUGCAACUCAGAAUUAAAGAGCUGGAAUUUGAAUUAUCCAAAAUGAAAAAUUCUCAAGAUGCUACUAAAACAGAAUUGGACCUAUACAAGCACCUCUACCAAGAAGAAGUAACACAUCGAAUGUCAUUGACAAAUGAACUGAACAAGUAAGUUAAAACAAUCAUAAAGUAGAGUUAGCUUAUUAAUUUACCUCUAAACCAUAAUUUUUAUGGAGCCACGUUCAUGAGAUCAGUAGUAAGUGAAAGCCAACUAGAUAGUAUAAUUUUGAAAAAUGAUGUUUGUAAAUGAACUUAUUGUCGAAAUGCUAGU